AUGGGCUCACGGCAAACUACCAAUGCGUUCUCAGAACAAGGUAGUUCGCAUGACAUAAAUAGGAGAACAAGGGCCACUAUCAGAGCACAGAAAAGAAGUCAAGAUCCAAUGGAACCAAAGCAAGAAGUAUACGGACUGCCAUCGUCAAGUCAGUCACAAAAUUUAAUACAGUUGGAUAUUGAAAGUUUUGGCACAGCUUCAAGAGCUGGAAGUACUUCGACUCGAUCACGACCGUUACGUCGAAAUAAAAGAACGCAGGACAGAGCAGUAUUAGAUGAAACGGAACCGUCUACUUCUGCUCCCCAAAUAAUGUCAAGACCUAAUAAGCGUAGAGCGAUAAGGGCUGAAGAAGGAGCCUCUCGACAAGAAGAUUAUCCGAUAAUCUUUCUGCCUCCCCUAAGAAACGAUUCACCACAUCCUACCGUCCGACGUACCGCGGAAACGGGCUCCAUCCAGGAUUCUUCUUCAUACUUACAGUCGUUUAAUUUGCCUAAUACAGGAGACAAUGGUGGAGUAACUUUGCCUCCUAUUUCUUUGCCGCAAGAAAAUUCUCCACAUGGUGGAAUAACCUUACCUCCCAUUCGCUCAGUAUUUUCCAUUGGUCUUGAACGUUCUAGGACUCCACGUACUCUUUCCCCCGAUAUAGAAGUGAUAGACCUCUCCUCUCCACCUUACCCCGGCAAUCGUACUGCCGACCCAUAUCCAAGCAACAUUGUAGAUUUAACGUCCUCUCCGAACACACACUCACCAACCGUUAACGCACCUAAAACGGAAAUAAUUGUCAUUGACGAUGAUUCAGAAACUCCUACUUCCGUAGGUUCCUCUUUACCCUCAAGAGGUCUACAAAACCCUACUUCCACAGGUUCCCUUUUACCCUCAAGAGGUUUUCAAUUACCUACCUCCACAGGUUCCCUUUUACCCUCAAGAGGUCUUCAACUCAAGUGUGCGAUCUGUCUUGACCAUCCAAAAGAUGUUUCGGCAACGUCUUGUGGUCAUAUAUUUUGUCUUAAUUGCAUCACAACUGCUUUAAAAACUCAAAAAGUGUGCUCCCUUUGCAGAAAUCCAUUAUCAAAAAAACAGAUCAAGCGCUUGGAGUUCAAGAUUUCGUUGUAA